AUGUGUUUGGCGUUUGCGGCCAUCGAUGGCCGUCGGGUCGGUGUGGAGGACAGGGAGGCGACGGAUCCGACGCCGAUUGUCUUCUACCACGGAAUGGGCGACACAUCUCACGGAAGUAUUUAUUCGCUGCAGAAGUAUUUGGAGGCGAAGAUCGCCGGCGUUUACGUACUGUCCGUCCGGAUGGGCAAAUUGGCCAACGGCUUCAACGCCAUCGGCUUCUCACAGGGCGGACAGAUAUUGCGGGCCAUCGCUCAGAGGUGUCCCACCAUUCAGAUCAACAAUUUAAUCAGUCUUGGAGGACAGCAUCAGGGAGUCUAUGGUCUGCCGCGAUGUCCACAACAGAAUCGGAUCUGCGAUUUGGUCCGAAAACUACUCAAUUACGGCGCUUAUGAAGACUACGUCCAGUCCCAUGUGGUUCAGGCGGAGUACUGGCACGACCCGCUCCAGGAGGACAUCUACAAAAACAGGAGUGUAUUCCUGGCCGACAUCAACAACGAGAACAUUCCCCGAAACGCCGACUAUAAGGCACGCCUUCUGAAGCUCAAGAACUUAGUUUUGGUUAAAUUCCUAAACGACUCAAUGGUAGAGCCGAGAGAGUCGUCUCUCUUUGGCUUUUAUGCGCCAAAUCAGGCGCAAAGUGUCUACAAAAUGCGAGACUCGGCUCUCUAUAAGGAGGACUGGUUGGGCCUCAAAGAGUUGGACACAAGCGGACGCCUUCGCGAGUACGAAGUGAUCGGAGAUCACCUCCAGAUUGACAUGAAUUGGUUUGACAACGAGAUUAUCGAUAAGUAUCUAAAAUAA